CCUCCACUCCAGCUGAAGCACCAGCGCCGAGGCUCGGGACAGCAUGUUCAGCCGGUCAGGAUACCAAGCUCUUCCCCUGGGAGACUUUGACCGCUUCCAGCAAUCCAGCAUCGGGCUCUACGGUGCCCAGAAGGGCUUCUCGUUUGGAUCCAAGCAGGACCCUCUGGGGCAGCCCUCAAAUGCAGCCGAUUCCGCCCAGGGCUGGCUGUCCUGGAUCUGCCACGGGAUGAUCACGUCCUUGGUGUUCUUGUUGAUGCUGGCCACCUUCCCCAUCUCGGGCUGGUUUGCCUUGAAGAUUGUGCCCACCUACGAGCGCAUGAUCAUCUUCCGCCUGGGCCGCAUCCGGGCCCCACAGGGGCCGGGCAUCGUGCUGCUGCUCCCCUUCAUCGAUCACUGGCAGAGGGUGGAUCUGAGGACAAGGGCCUUCAACGUACCACCCUGCAAGCUGACCUCCAAGGACGGUGCUAUCAUCUCGAUGGGUGCUGAUGUCCAGUUCCGGGUGUGGGACCCAGUGCUGUCUGUCAUGAUGGUGAAGGACCUCAUCGCCACCACCCGUAUGACGGCGCAGAAUGCCAUGGCCAAGACCCUGCUAAAGAAGAGCCUUCGUGAGAUCCAGGCUGAGAAGCUGCGCAUUGGGGAGCAGCUCCUGCUCGAGAUUAAUGACAUGACCAAGUCCUGGGGCCUGGAGGUGGACCGAGUGGAGCUGACCAUGGAGGCCGUGCUGCAGCCGCCCCAGGAGAGCCAGGUGGGCCCCUUGCCACCGAUGCCAGGGCUGGAGGGGCUCGACAGCACCAUCCAGCAGCUGGCUGCCCAUCUCUUCAGCAACACGCUGGCGCUGACGGGCAGUGCCAACAGCAGCCCAGAGGCAGCAGACAGCGUGGAGACCGUGAACAAGGUGGAGCCGCCCACUGCUGCCGUUGCCGCCGGCAGCGCCUGGAGGAAACCGAGCGCUGACGAGCUGCUCUCGGCCGUGGAGCUCUUCCUCUCUGAGCCCUUGGUGGGCCAGGUGGGAGCAUCUUACCAAGUCAACAUCACCCUGCCGAGUGGAGCCCGGAGCACCUAUUUCAUAGACCUUUCCUCAGGCAGCGGGCGAGCUGGGCGCGGAUUGCCAGAGGGCAGCCCCGACGUGGUCCUGGAGAUGUCAGAGAAGGACCUGCAGGACCUCUUCCUGGGUGAACUUCGUCCCUUGAGUGCCUACAUGAGCGGGAGGCUGCAGGUGAAGGGCGACUUGCACGUUGCUCUGAAGCUGGAGGAGCUCCUCAAGGCCAUGAAGCAGCGUAGAUAGAGCACGUGUGUGAGUGUGUGUCUGUGUGUCCAUGUGUGC